UUAAUAAAAAAACAAUUUUCCUUAUGAAAAACUGAUAUAAAAAUAUAAAGAACCAGUAAAGGCUAAUAAGCUGGUAAGAACCGAAUUUGUACUUAUAUAUUAGUUUUUUCGAUUUUAUUAUUUUAAAAUAAUUCUUAAUCUUAACAUUUAAUAUUUAGUCUUCGUAUUUUCUCCAUUGUGCACAGAGGGCCUUAGCUAAGUUUUGCGAUUCACUGACUUAUUGCUUAAAAAAAAAAAAAAAUGGAAAUGAAAUUUCUGGUCAGUAGUGAAUUCCAAACUUCAGAUUUCAUAGAUUAUCUCACUCGAUUGUUUCUUACAAGGUAUAUUAAAAUAAGAACAACAUGCACAAAAGAGAGAUGGUGAAGCAGCGCAAAAACGUAGGGGUUACUGCGAAGAUCAUGGAACCGGUACCUAAUUCAACACCUGCGCAGCAGACUGUGCCUUCUGUUCCUGCUCAAUCAAAACACAACUUUUUCACAAAAAUGGCAAUGGAGGAAGUUUUUUACACUUUGGACGAGUUCGAUACAGAAUUCCCAGCAGAUUCCGUCGAGUGGUGUCCCACAGAACCAUUUCGAGAUAUAUUAGUAUGUGGAACGUACAAAUUAAUUGAGAGGAAAGAAGGUUCAAAAGAAGAGGAUGCGGAAGAAAAUGCAAAGGAGGAAAAAUGUAAACGGACAGGACGAAUUUACUUAUUUCGGGUGGCAGACGGUGGAAAACUACAAAUAUUGCAACGAAUAGACACUUCAGGUGUCUUAGAUAUGAAGUGGACCCAUACUGAAGAUAAUCGAAUAUUGCUUGCCGUUGUCGACUCCAACGGCUACUUGCGAGUUUACGAGCUGAAAGAGAAGGAGAGCGAAACAAAAUUGCAAUUAAUUGCCGAAGAAAGAAUCGGCGACAAUGACGAUGACGUUAUAGCAUUGUCGUUGGAUUGGUCCACUGGAGGAUGCAUCUCUUGCGCUUCUCAUUCGAAUCCGCGUAUCGCUGUGAGCGAUAGUCAAGGACGAAUAUCUCAUUUUGCAUGGCGCGAAAAUAAUCAACUGAUAAAAGAUUUUACGUUACCCGCACACGAGUUCCAGGCGUGGAUCGUCGCCUUUGAUUAUUGCAACGAUAAUAUUUUUUAUUCUGGAGGUGAUGAUAACAAGUUUCUAACUUUCGACACUAGGACAGGAUCUGUUCCUGUAUUAUGCAAUAGAAAGCACACUUCCGGUGUUACCAGCAUUCGCAGCAACGCAAUUAAACCAUUUCUACUCGCAACUGGAAGUUAUGAUGAGAUUUUAAGAUUGUGGGACAAGAGAAACUUGAAACAACCAACGUCCGAAACUAAUCUCAAUGGUGGAAUUUGGCGUUUGAAAUGGGAUCCGUUUGCGCAUCAAUACUUAUUUGCCGCGUGUAUGUAUGAGGGUUUUAAGAUUGUUAAUUGUGAUAAUGACGUAUCUACAAUUGGGUAUUACAAUAAGCAUUGCGGUUUAGCAUAUGGUUGCGAUUGGUCAUUAUUGAAAAGGGAGGAUGUUUCGCAUUUAAAAAUAUCUAAUGGAGAGACUUUAGUAAGUACUUGUUCCUACCAAGAUUGUGCUCUUAAAUUAUCCACUCUUAAUUUCAAAAUUUAUGAUCUCGAGUCAUGAAGCGGAUUAAAAACAAAGUUU